UACGACUCGCUUUGGAGUAUCUUAUAAUUUGCAUUUCGUAUUUUCGCAUGCACAUAAGUAAUAGAUAAUCACGAAUUACACAUUUUAUUACAGUUAAAUUAGCCAAUACAGGUACUCAAAUGGCUCAAGAAUUGAGAGAGUUAUGUCAACUAUUAUUCCCAAAUUCAACGAAUGAAACCCCAGAAUACUUCAGUGACAUUACUGAUUAUAUUAAAAAGCUUGGAUCACAAAAUUGGGAGCACAUUAGGAAUGAACCGGAGAGAUUAUCUGAUGAAAUGAAACAUUUAACAGAGCAGACUCAAGAGCUGGCAUUUACAAAUUGUAAAACCUUUGUGGAGACAGCAGAGAUUUCUCGUACCAUUAUGAAAGAUUUGGGGAAAUCUAAAGAAUCUUUGGAUGUUUUUCUUAACACUAUGCCUGAUUUUGUACAAGAAUUAGAAAAAUUUUCUAUGAAUGUUGGAAACAUUGUGGAAGAUAAAAAACGCUAUAGCAGUAUUCGUCAUCAAAGUGAUAAAUUGUUGGAAUUACUAGAACUACCUUCGUUAAUGCGUGAAGCACUUAAUGCAGAAGAUUAUGAGAGUGCUUUGGAUAUUUUCACAUUUGUUCGUAAUCUAUCAAAAAGGUACUCUGAGAUACCAAUUGUUCAGAAUACAACAUCAGAAAUAAUGACAUUGUGGUAUGAAACUUUAUAUCACUUGUACAAUCAGUUACAUUAUGAUUUACCUUUGCCGCAAUGUUUGCAAAUCCUAGGCUAUUUAAGAAGGGCUAACACAGUCCUUAAAUCUACCGAAGAAGACCAUAGUAAAUUAUCAGUGGGUAGUAAAAUACCAAGCCAUACAAUAAUGACUGAUGGCUUACAUUUGCACUUUUUAAAAGCGAGAAAUGCUUGGUUUGAAAAAGCCUUAGAAGAUGCCAAGAGUAGUGAAUCAUCAGAGAGAUUGUUAAGAAAAAUUGUUGAGUUACACAGAAUACAUCUGUUUAAUGUUUUAACUCAGCAUAAAUCAAUAUUCUUAUCAGAUGCUCAAGAAUCUAAAGUGCGUGAUCACGAACUCAGUGGUACAAGUGCUUUGUCAUGUUGGCUGAAACAAAAGGUUGAAAAAUUAACCCAAAUGCUGAAUCAAGAUUUAAAGAAGGAAGAUGAGUCUAGUUUUGAGUCCCUUUUGAAUCAAUGUAUGUAUCUUUGUCUCUCAUUUGGCAGAGUUGGUGCAGAUUUACGUUGUGUACUGACACCACUGUUUCGAAACAAUAUCAUGGCUCAGUUUCACUAUAAUCUUGAUAAAGUGGACAAUCAAUUUGAGAAUCAAAUGAGAACUUAUAAAGUACCAACAAUAAAGAAUUUACCAAGACCGGUUAACGAGAAUAUGAUAUCAGGACCACCUGAAAAUUUAUUAGAUUACUAUCCAUUAGCGGAAUAUUGUAAUGGAAUGUUAUCGACUUUAAAUUCUUUCCGAGUAACGGCACCAUUGAAUAUAGUUAAAGAUGUGUACAACGAAUAUAGAAAAUCACUGGGAAAAUCAGUACAAAUUUUACUAACAUUUUAUAACAGGGAGCAACAAGCAUUUACAGAAGUUGAAAGACAGAAUUUUAUUUCGUUUUGUAUUUGCUUUACUGAAGACUUGGUUCCUUAUAUAACAAAGUGCCUCUCACAGUCAUUUCCCCCGACGCAAAUUUGUGAACUAUUAGGGGUGACUUUGACUGUAUUGCAAGAGAGCAAAUUGCUGCAAAUUGAUCAAAUGGAAAUUUGCAAACCGUUGAAUAGUAUUACAGGUUUAUUCUCGAGUUAAUUUUUUUUU